CUCUGAGCAAUACAAGCAUCAGACGAUAGAUCAGCAAAAUGGGGCGCCGACCAGCCCGUUGCUACCGUUACUGCAAGAACAAGCCGUACCCCAAGUCACGGUUUUGCCGUGGUGUGCCAGACCCAAAGAUCCGUAUCUUUGACCUGGGCAGGAAGAAGGCACGUGUUGACGAGUUCCCACUAUGUGUGCAUCUGGUGUCUGAUGAGUAUGAACAGGUGUCCUCUGAAGCUCUUGAGGCGGGGCGUAUCUGCUGUAAUAAGUACCUUGUGAAGCAUUGCGGCAAGGACGCCUUCCACAUCCGCAUCCGUGUGCACCCCUUCCACGUCAUCCGCAUCAACAAAAUGUUGUCGUGUGCUGGGGCUGAUAGAUUGCAGACUGGGAUGCGUGGUGCCUUUGGCAAGCCUCAAGGCACCGUGGCCCGUGUACACAUCGGCCAGCCCCUGAUCUCGUGCCGCGCUCGGGACGUCAACAAGGCCCACGUCAUCGAGGCUCUGCGCCGCGCCAAGUUCAAGUUCCCUGGACGCCAGAAGAUCUACGUGUCCAAGAAGUGGGGCUUCACCAAGUUUGACCAGCCUGACUAUCUGGAACUGAAGAACGCUGACCGUGUGGUGCCAGAUGGUGUGGGUGUGAAGUACCUCCCCGAACAUGGGCCCCUGGCUGCCUGGAAGAAGCACGUCUCUCGUUAGAGAACAUGGAAACCAUGUAAAAUAUCACAACAAAGGAGAAAAUAAAGAAGGGUCAACCUGUG